AUGUAGUACUAGAUGUAUCCUCAUCACCUAACACAUGAUAUAUUGAUUUUAGAUCCAAAUUGUAUUUUUGUGAUGUGUGUGGUUUGGUCAUUCAAGCAGACAAAAGCAUCUCUAUCAAACUACUCCUACGUUAGAGCUAUGGCAGCCAGCUUUCUCUUACUCCUACCUUCUUUUUUUAUUUCUUCCCGUGUCUUAUCUGCUUGCAGCUUUCAGAGUGCGUGACUGAUUUGUUGUUUUGCACCUUCCCUUCUGCUAGCUGGGCGGGCACUACCGAAUAAAUAUAUACCUUAAUAUGACCGGAUAGAUAUAUAGUAUGAAUUAAUAUGACCAAAUAAAGGAUUGCAUUAAUACCUUUGUGACCAUCUCUCUCUCUCUCUCUCUCUCUCUCUCUCCAUAUGGAGAUGAUCCUCUCAUCCCAGCAAUGGUUACUGCUGCUACCUCCGGUCCUCAUCCCUGUGCUUCUCUUCUCCUACCUGUACACCAUCCUAUGGCUAAGGCCGGAGAGGCUCAGGCAGAAGCUGAGAAGCCAAGGAGUCAAGGGUCCCAAGCCCUCUUUCCUCUUUGGGAACAUACCAGAGAUGAGGAGAAUCCAGAAGGAACUUGCCACCUCUGCUCAAGAACAGGAAGCAGGAUCUGCUGACCGUUUCUCCUCAAAUUAUGUCGCCACUCUGUUCCCUUACCUCAUCCACUGGAGCAGAGUUUAUGGUUCCAUCUACUUGUAUGCCACUGGAAGCAUACAAGCUCUAAAUGUGACAGAUCCAGACAUGGUGAAGGAGCUGGCCAGUUGCAAGUCCCUGGAUCUUGGAAAGCCUUACCACUUGCAGAAAGACCGUGGAGCUCUUCUUGGUAUGGGAAUUUUGACAGCAAACGGUGACCUAUGGGUACACCAAAGAAAGGUUAUCGCACCUGAAUUCUUCAUGGACAAAGUUAAGGGAAUGGUGAAUUUGAUGAUUGAUGCGGCAAUGUCAAUGUUGAAUUUAUGGGAAGACAAAAUUGAGAGGGAAGGAAGCAGGGCAGAGAUCAUGGUUGACGAGUUCUUGAGAAACUUCUCGGCGGAUGUCAUAUCAAGGGCCUCUUUUGGAAGCAGCUUCACUGAAGGCAAAGAGAUAUUCUACAAGAUUCGACAGCUUCAGAAAGCAAUGGGAAAGCAAAGUAUGCUUAUUGGUGUUCCUGGAAGUAGAUAUUUACCAACCAAGAGCAACAGAGAGAUAUGGGAUCUGGGGAGCAGCAUCCGUACCCUCGUGUUAAACAUAGCCAAGAAGCACGACCAUGAUUCAGUGACAACCUCCCCGGAUAAUUUCCUCCUGCAUUCUAUCAUCGAGGGUUCUAAAGCCGCUUCCUUCGCUUCGUGCACGCCUGAGGAUUUCAUCGUUGAUAACUGCAAGAACAUCUACUUCGCGGGGCAUGAGACGACCUCCAGCACUGCCGCGUGGUGCCUGAUGCUUCUCGCGUCACACCCCGAAUGGCAGUCCCGUGUUCGGGUGGAAGUCCUGGACAUUUGCCAUGGGGAACCAUUAGAUUUCGACAUGCUCCGGAAGUUCAAAACGUUAACAAUGGUGAUCCAGGAGACGCUCCGGCUCUACCCGCCUGCCUCCUUCGUCACGCGGGAAGCUCUGCAAGACAUCAACCUCGGUGGCAUCGACAUCCCGAGAGGCACCAACAUCAGGGUCCCGAUCGCGCUCGCACACCGGGACCCUUCCGUGUGGGGCGCCAACGCCGACAGUUUCGACCCGGGCAGGUUCGCUGGUGGCAUAGCGCGCGCCUGCAAGCCCCACCACAUGUACAUGCCCUUCGGCAUCGGGCCCCGGACCUGUGCAGGACAGAAUCUCGCCAUGGUCGAGCUCAAGGUUGUCCUUUCGCUCCUGCUGUCCAGGUUCGAGUUCUCGCUGUCGCCGAGCUACGUCCAUCGCCCAGCGUUCCGGCUGACCGUUGAGCCCGGCGAGGGCGUGCCGCUAGUUCUUAAGAAGCUAUGAUGGCCAAUCCAUGGUUCAUGGUUAACUUGACAUGAAGAAAUUGUUGAAGCUUAAAUUAUGGUGUUGCUUUCAGGGUAGGCAAGGAUAUCGUCAGUUGACUGUAGAUUGGACAGCUUGUUGCAUUGUCAUUCAUAAAUCAACAACUCGAUAUGUCUUGCUGGAUGGCUUUCCAUCAGAUAACUGCACCGUCAACAAUCCAAUUUUUUCUUUAGUCAAUAUAUAUUCAUACAGCACCAUAAAGGAGACAAGUUUUCACCAAUCAUUUUCCUUUAUUGCUGGAUGGUUUGUAGAAACUUUUCCUAAUCCCUUCGCACUACAUUUCUCGGGAAGAUUUUUUUCUCUGCCU